UUUUUUUUCAUCAGUGGAACCACAUUUUGCCAGUCAUCAAGGCAGCACACAAUGGCUCUGAACAUCCCGGGGCUGGUAGUAAUGGUGGUCUUCUACCUGAUGGUGCUGGGCACUGGUCUGUGGGCCUCGAUGAAGUCCAAACGGGUGCAGAAAAGCAGCCAAGCAGCCCAGACAGAGGUCACUUUGCUGGGAAACAGAGGGAUCAGUAUGGUAGUAGGAGUCUUCACAAUGACCGCUACUUUUGUUGGAGGGGGCUUUAUCGUUGGUCUGACAGAAGCAGUGUACACACCAACUAUGGGGCUGGUCUGGGCAGUCAUGCCAUUAACAGCAGCCCUGUCUUUUAUUGUUGGUAAGAGUUUUAAUAAUAACACCAUUACCUGUAUAAUUUCUGCAUUUGCACACGAUUUCCCAUUUUCUGAAGAAAGCGGCUCGUGUGUGUGUAUGGUACUACACUACUACACUAAUUUAAUCGUUAUUAUUUCCCUGUCACAUACUCGGUUACGCCUACAAAUAUCAUAUUCAUCUGAACUAUUAGCUAGUCUUUAUGUCAUUGGAUCUUCUUCUGUUCUGCAGUGGCUCUGUGUCCCCUUCACCUUAAUGAACCCCCACUCUAUGGACAUUACUAAGACUGCUUUCAACUUUACCUACCAAGCCCCCUGGAUUGGUUCUGUAGAUAAAGAAAGUCUAUGGAGAUGGAUUGAUAAUUUCUUAUUAUUGAUGCCGUGCAGGUCCGGAUCAGCGCCACCGCCUUCUCCUGCGGCGUGGCCGCCAGCUCGGCCACCAUUUGCACCAGCUCCUCCCUCUGCUAGCCAAGUCCUGGGGUUACCUGUUGUCCUUCACUUCCCAGGUUGCACUCUUGAAGAUGGCAUUUAUGUCCAGCGCUCUCCGGUCAGGACUAUCUGCAUGUUGUCCACUAUCUUUGUUACUUUGUUGUUCUCCUACCUGUCAUCACUGCUCUUCAACAGAGGAUUGAUUUCUGAGAGGUGGGACGUAUUCAAAGUGAAGGCCAACAAACGAUCACAAAAAUUAACAUUAAUGAGCAAUGGCAUCAUCAAAACCGACAAGGAGGAGAAGCCUGAUGGUCAGAAUGAAACUGAACUAAUACUAACCCCCAGUCAGUUGGAGUGACAAACUAAAUGAUUUAGUGGGAUGCAGAUGUUUGUUUUUAGAAUAGAAUAGAAUAGCUUUUUAUUGUCACUGUUACAAGAACAAUGAAAGGCAGUUUGGCAUCUCUCCAUGUGUGUGAAGUACACAAUAGCGUAAGUAUUUACACAAUAACAGAAAAAAUUUACAUUUACACAAGAAAGAUAUGUACAAGUUAUACAUACACCUGCAAACAUACAUGCACAUACAUACAUAUAUGCAUCCGUACAUACAUACACACACAUAUUUCCACAUACACGCUUACAUUUAUAUACAUACACAUACAUGCCAUCUAACUAGUAGGUGCAUUGAGAGGUGCAGUGUGAUCAGUGAUAUUGCACAUUGAGUGUGUGUGUGUGUGGGGGGGGUGCUGUUGGAACUAUAUUAGAUAAGGUUAUAAUAAAUACAGUUUAAAGAGGUAGGGGUGUUGCUUGCAUUGAAGUAUAAAUAGAAAUAUGAUUUAUAAAUAAGGUGUAAUGUCCAUGAGUGUUGGCAGUGCAGUUAUCCUCCAAUCAGGGUGGAGGUAGGGCAUGUUUGACAGCCUGUGGGUAAAAACUUCUGUUGAGUCUGUUUGUCUUUGACCUGUAACGUUUACCAGAGGGAAGGGGGGGGAAAGUGAGUGUCCAGGGUGCGAGGGGUCUUUGAUGAUGAUGCUGGCUUUCUGCUGAAGUCUGUCAGUAUAGAUGUCUCUGAGGGGGGUUGGUGAAGUGCAGAUUGCCCGCUCUGCUACCCUCACCACGCGCUGCAGUUUCCUCUUGUCCUCCGCGGUGCAGCAGUUGAUCCAGAGUGUGCAGCAGUAAGUCAGAAGGCUCUCGAUGGUGGAGCAGUAGACGUUUACGAGCAGUCUUUGGGGUAAUUGGGCCUGACGUAGUUUCCUGAGGAAGUACAGCCUUUGUUGUGCUUUCCCUACCUGGUGGGAAAUGUUUGUGGACCAGGUAAGGUCGGCCGAGAUGUGGACUCUGAGGAACUUAAAGCUUUAUACCCUUUCUACCUCCUCCCCAUCAAUGUAGAGGGUAGAGUGCUCAGAUCGCUUUGUUCUUCUGAAGUCGAUUACCAUCUCCUUGGUCUUGGCUGUGUUCAGGUUGUUGUCGUCACACCAUUGCUUCAGAUGCUGAACCUCCUCUCUGUAGGCUUUGUUUUUCAUUGUUGUCGAUCUGACCCCGCCCAGCAGCCAGACACUGAACUUCAACAGGUAACAUCUGUGAUGAGCAGUCAAGCUGGACCUGUUUCUACCUGUUCAUGUUACUAAAGUAGAAUCACUGUGGAAAUUACUGUGAAGUUUCUUUGUUCCAGUUCUAAUCUUUGCUUUGUUUUGUUGGCUUUGUGUUCGCAUGUCAAUGCUUUGAGAAAGAUCAUAUGUGUGUCCUUAUUAGGAUCGGGAUAUGUGUUGGUG